AUCAGAUUUAUGAAAUCAAAAUAUAUCAUGUGCAACUCACGUCACUUUUAACUUCGUUUCCGAUGAACAAAAGGAUUCAAAGAUCUAUUGGAUAAUGAUAAUUUAUUGAGGGAUUAAACUGGUACUAUAAUGCACACUCUUUCGAUUUGAUUUUGAUAAAGGAAGAGAGAGCGAUAGACAGACAGAGGAAGCCGAGAGACGAGGCAAUUUUCUCGAAUUGAAAAGUAAAAAACACGAUGGGUGGUGGUGAAUUGAGAUACGAGAUUUCACAAAAUGCCUACAUAAAACUAGUACUCCACUCUCUCAAGCACAAAACUUCCGCCGUCAACGGGGUUUUCGUUGGCAGUUCCUGUGACAAUGUUGUCCAGAUCAUCGACUCUGUUCCUCUGUUCCACAACCACCUAGGUCUCCUGCCUCCUCUCGAGAUCUCUCUCAUCAUGAUAGAGGAGUAUUAUAGAGCUCGAGAUUUGGGUAUAGUGGGUUACUUUCACGCAAAUGAGAGGUCUGAUGAUGUGGAGCUUGGUAAUGUUGCAAAGAAUAUUGGCGAUCACAUCUAUCGCUACUUUCCCCAAGCUGCCAUUCUUUUGUUAGAUAACAAAAAGCUUGAAGCUUUGCCAAAGGGGAAAGAUGGGCUCCUUGUUAUGCAGCUUUAUACAAGGGAUGCAUCCAAGAACUGGAAGCUAGCUGGAUCUGAUGGAGGCUGCCAAUUGACAACUAAGGAACCAGCAGCAAAUGCUGUUCUAUUGGAUUAUAUUUCAUCCAAGAAGUGGGAGGAUGUGGUAGACUUUGAUGACCACCUUGAUGACAUUACCAAGGACUGGCUGAAUCCAGAACUCUUCAAGUAAGGUUGGCCCCAGACAUGCAUAUGGACCAGACGAAAUUUAAAUGUUAAUGAUUUGGAUGAUCAUUGGCCCCGUGGUUGCCAUGACUAAGAAAAUCUUGCAGUGAUAUAUGUGUUAAAUUGUGAAGUUUCCCAGAUAAGGAACCCGAUAUUUUCUUCUGAGAAGUAGUACUGUGUUGGAGUUAAGAGUUUAGAAGUGGAAUGGCUGCCCCCUCUCCAUAAAUACAUCACUACUAUCUGUUUAAUAUCCUAUUUUCCUCAUCAAAUUGACUGGAUAUGUAGUUUGGUAGGUGAUUUCCUAAGAGUUCUUGUAUUGAUGCUAUAUCAUGUGAUCUGUUCUUCAUUGGAA